CAUGACCUGAGCCGAAACCAGGAGUCUGACGCUUAACCACCUGAGCCACCCAGGUGACCCGGGUUUUCAUUCUGAGAGUGCAGAUAGCGUGAAACGAAUCUUUGAAAGAUUAAAAAGUUUACUCUUGAUUAUAGGAAAGAAAAAAGCCAUGUAAUUCUUCUGUUGGAGACUGUUGGGAAAGAACGUAAGCUUUGAAACAAGAUAGGCCUGGAUUUGAAUCCCAACAAGGCUACUUACCAUCUCUGUGAACUUGGGUAAUUUGUAUAAUGUCUCUGAGCCUCUCUGUCUUCUCAUCUCUAGUGUGAGGAUAAUAAAAUCCAUCUGAUAGAGUUGCUAUGAGUUUUAAAAUGGAAAAAAUAAAAAUGAAGGAGGUAGAGUUUGUGGCUCCUAUUAACUGUUUAAUACAUUUUCAUUACCACCACCGUCACUGUCAUCAUCAUUACGCGUAAAUCUAUCAAGGUGGAGAAAUGAUAGGCUGCUGAACCUCAGCUUCUCUGAGCUGUGAAUUUUUGCAUGUUUCUGGACCCUCUCCAUCGAAGCACUUGUUGAUGUCAAUAUCCUGAAUCUAGAAUGCUAUCAUUAUGUUUUAUUCCCAUUAGUUUUCAUGUUACUUUGGUUUAAAUCCUGCUUCGUGUUUUUCAGACUUCUUAAUUGUACCCAUUUAAUGUUUUAUAGCUGACUGCUGAAUUUAGCUUAGUGAAGGCCAUCAACUGAAUGCAGUUUAAUUUCUAAUGGUUAUUUUCUGGUUGAUAUUGAUGGCAUGGAAAACCUCACGGAAGAAAGCGAUUCAAGAACUUCCAGAACAAUGUUAAGAGUAAGAGAAGUGAUGGGCAGACAACCUUGUAUCCUCCCAGGCACUAAUGGGAAUGCCUUCUGAAAGUGUUUACCAGAGUGUGCACCAGGGAACACUAAUUCUUGGGAAUAUUUACAUGUGUACCUUGGGAGAAGAGUUACACGCUAAAAUGAGUGUGCAAACCACUGAGUUAAAUAGAAUUCUUGUCUGCAGGACUUUUCAGAUUACGCUUCAUGUCAGUAGAAAUGGACAGCAGCAGUUUUAUUCAGUUUGAUGUGCCCGAGUACAGCAGCACUGUUCUGAGCCAGCUAAACGAACUCCGCCUGCAAGGGAAACUAUGUGACAUCAUUGUCCACAUUCAGGGUCAGCCAUUCCGAGCCCACAAAGCAGUCCUCGCUGCCAGCUCCCCCUAUUUCCGGGACCAUUCAGCAUUAAGUACCAUGAGUGGCUUGUCAAUAUCUGUGAUUAAAAAUCCCAAUGUGUUUGAACAGUUGCUUUCAUUUUGUUACACUGGAAGAAUGUCCUUGCAGCUGAAGGAUGUUGUCAGUUUUCUGACUGCAGCCAGCUUUCUUCAGAUGCAGUGUGUCAUUGACAAGUGCACGCAGAUCCUGGAGAGCAUCCAUUCAAAAAUCAGCGUUGGAGAUGUUGACUCUGUUACUGUUGGUGCUGAGGAGACAUCAGAGAGUCGUAAUGGAGUUAAGGACAGCAGCUUCUUUGCCAACCCGGUUGAGAUCUCCCCUCCAUAUUGCUCUCAGGUACGGCAGCCCACCACGAGCAGCGAUCUUCGGAUGGAGACGACGCCCAGCAAAGCUUUGCGCAGCCGCUUACAGGAGGAAGGGCACUCGGACCGAGGGAGCAGCGGGAGCGUUUCCGAGUACGAGAUUCAGAUAGAGGGGGACCACGAGCAAGGGGACCUGUUGGUGAGGGAGAGCCAGAUCACUGAGGUGAAAGUGAAGAUGGAGAAGUCUGACCGGCCCAGCUGUUCCGACAGCUCCUCCCUGGGGGACGACGGGUACCACACAGAGAUGGUGGAUGGGGAACAAGUUGUGGCAGUGAACGUGGGGUCCUACGGUUCUGUGCUGCAGCACGCAUAUUCCUACUCCCAAGCGGCCUCACAGCCAACCAGCGUAUCCGAAGCUUUUGGAAGUUUGAGUAAUUCCAGCCCGUCCAGAUCCAUGCUGAGCUGUUUCCGAGGAGGGCGUGCUCGCCAAAAGCGGGCUUUGUCUGUCCAUCUGCACAGUGAUCUACAGGGCUUGGUGCAGGGUUCUGACAGUGAAGCGAUGAUGAAUAACCCCGGGUAUGAGAGCAGCCCCCGGGAGAGGAGUGCAAGAGGGCACUGGUACCCGUACAAUGAGAGGCUGAUCUGCAUUUACUGUGGAAAGUCCUUCAACCAGAAGGGAAGCCUCGACAGGCACAUGAGGCUCCAUAUGGGAAUCACCCCCUUUGUGUGCAAGUUCUGCGGGAAGAAGUACACACGUAAGGACCAACUGGAGUACCACAUCCGGGGUCAUACUGAUGACAAACCAUUCCGCUGUGAGAUCUGCGGCAAGUGCUUUCCAUUCCAAGGUACCCUCAACCAGCACCUGCGGAAAAACCACCCUGGUGUAGCCGAAGUCAGGAGUCGCAUCGAGUCCCCCGAGAGAACAGACGUGUAUGUGGAACAGAAACUAGAAAAUGAUGCGUCGGCCUCAGAGAUGGGCCUAGAUUCCCGGAUGGAAAUUCACACAGUGUCUGAUGCUCCUGAUUAAGAUGGUAACGAAGUGCACCCAAACAAAGCACAUUAAUCAAUGCAUAUUUGUGAUUUGCUUUGUUGUAAUCUUUGGUUUUCCCAACCAUCUGGAAAUCUCUCCGUCUCUUGGCAGUUUUUCUAAGGUUUCUGGAAGGAACACUUCAUUGUGUUUAUCCUUUCCCCCGCCCUCCCUCUCCCAAGGAGCUCAAAGCAUGAAGGGCAACGUAUCCAGGGAAAACACAGGCUGACAGUAUUCCUCUUUGGCUGAACUCUUAAUCCCAAAUCUGCCAGUGAUUUAGCUAUGCCAACUGGUUGACCCUACAUUCUCUGCCAAGAGGCAUACUCUCUCGUUGUGUGCACUGGCACCAGUGCGUUUCCACGGAGAGAGACUGGGAUGCCGUCAGCUGAUACAAAUGGGUAACCUUUUCUAAUUUAAAAUUACUUUUAAGGGGUAGUUAGACAAUUUAUAUAUAUAUAUAAUAAAGCGAUUAUUAUAUAUAUAGUAUAUAUACAUUCUCAAAUUUGAUUUUAUUCUGGUUGAGGUGAAUGUAAGAGGAAUAUAUAAUUUAAUACAAUGUGAACAGGGCUUUUGACUCUGUCUUGUCCCCACCCAAUGUUAGGGUUUUGCCCCUUUAUAUCCCUUACAAAAGAAUGUUAAUAGGUUUUCACAUAUAUAAUUCAUUGUGUCCAAAAGCAAGCAAAGCAAAUCACAGUGUUCAUAGCUCUGCUUCCUAACAAGUACAUAAACCAAAUGCCAUAAAAUGUAUUCAACUCUAGUUGGAAACCGUUUGGAAUUUUUGUUCGUUGUCCAGUAGGUAAGCUGGAUGACCCGUGGUGCUGACCUUUUUACAUAUUGUAGUGUUAUAUUAGCCAGCCCCAAAGGAGCAGUGGUUUUCAAUGUUUUUACUGGCCUACGAAUCUACCUUCAUUCCGUACUGUAGAAACACACCAGGUAACUAAAUCGAAUCACUCUACCAUGAGUUAGUACUCACACUAAAGGAAAGGGAUUUGUAGUUCUGUCUACAAAAUUCUCCAAGCAGUGUUGUGGGUUUUUUUUUUUUCCUCUUUUCAAACAGCUAGUUCAGGUGCACAGCAACUUUUUCUACAUGCAGUUCCCAGGGAAACUGCAGAACUUGGAAUUUGUACUUUUUGUAAAGAUAUACUCUAUGGGAAUUGCAAGCAAUAUAUCUAUCUUAGUAUUGUGUGUGCUAACGAGAGCCUCAGUGGCUCCCCCACUCUCAGUGUUUCCUGCUUAAAGAAACCAACAGUCAAAAAGCCCUCUAAGAUACUCUGUGUGUCACCAAAUCUGUGUGUGUCACCAUUUUUUGGGUCACGUGGUGCUAUUUUUAUGUUAUGUAUCUUUUAGGUCAGUAUAGUUGUAGAAAAUGUGAAAUCUAACAGUAAUAGUGAAUUACAAUUUUUUUUUUCCUCUCCUGAGUUUCUAGCUUGAAAAGAGACCUCAAAAGCAUGUGCUUGCUGGCAAACACAUUACUGUAUCAAAACAUACCUGAGUCCUAUUUGAAAAAUGUCUUGUCAGUACUUUCAAAGUGUCUUCAGCUCUGUACUUUGUUUACCCGUCUGCUUCUAGUAAACAAAACAGGCCCUA